AUGGGUUUACCUAAUUACGAUGAUCCUCCUCCUUGUCAAUUCAAGAUGGUGUCGGACGCAAGCAAGAAGAAGGCAGCGCAGAAGAAGGCGGCGGCUGUGGCCAAGAGAGGAGGCAAGGCGGCGGCCUCCUCCUCAUCGAAGACGGCUGAGAAUGGAAGUAAAGUCGAUAAUCUGGCGAAUGAGGUCGAAGCGCUUCAGAUAUCCGAUCGGACAUGUACCGGGGUUUUGUGCUCGCAUCCGCUUUCCAGAGAUAUUCGGAUUGAAUCUCUAUCGCUCACUUUUCAUGGUCAUGAUCUAAUUGUUGAUUCUGAGCUGGAACUCAAUUAUGGCAGGCGAUAUGGUUUGCUUGGGUUAAAUGGAUGUGGGAAGUCUACUCUUCUUUCUGCAAUUGGGUGCCGAGAACUUCCCAUUCCAGAGCAUAUGGAUAUUUUUCAUCUUACUCGGGAGAUCGAAGCUUCUGACAUGUCCUCUCUUGAGGCUGUCAUAAGUUGUGAUGAAGAAAGGUUGAAAUUAGAGAAAGAAGUUGAAGCCUUGGCUGGACAGGAUGAUGGUGGUGGUGAACAACUUGAUCGCAUUUAUGAACGUUUGGAUGCAUUAGAUGCAUCAACUGCCGAGAAGCGUGCUGCUGAGAUCUUAUAUGGUCUUGGAUUCAACAAGAAGAUGCAAGCAAAGAAAACGCGAGAUUUUUCUGGUGGCUGGAGAAUGAGGAUUGCUCUAGCGAGGGCACUAUUCAUGAACCCCACCAUAUUGUUGCUUGAUGAACCCACAAAUCAUCUCGACUUAGAGGCUUGUGUCUGGUUAGAGGAAAUGUUGAAGAAAUUUGAUCGAAUUCUGGUAGUGGUUUCACAUUCUCAGGAUUUUUUGAAUGGAGUCUGUACUAAUAUCAUCCAUAUGCAAAAUAAGUCGUUGAAAAUCUACACCGGUAAUUAUGACCAAUAUGUUCAAACACGAUCUGAACUUGAAGAGAACCAGAUGAAACAGUACAAGUGGGAGCAGGAGCAGAUAGCGUCAAUGAAGGAAUACAUUGCACGUUUUGGUCAUGGGUCUGCUAAACUUGCUCGUCAGGCACAGAGCAAAGAGAAAACUCUGGCAAAGAUGGAGCGUGGUGGGCUCACAGAGAAAGUGGUCAGGGACCAAGUUCUGGUUUUCCGAUUUGUUGAUGUGGGGAAGCUCCCUCCUCCUGUUCUUCAAUUUGCGGAAGUAACUUUUGGCUACACGCCUGAUAAUCUCAUCUACAAGAACCUUGAUUUUGGGGUAGACCUUGAUUCUAGAGUGGCACUGGUAGGACCCAAUGGGGCUGGGAAGAGUACGCUACUGAAAUUGAUGACAGGCGAUUUAGUUCCUCUUGAUGGCAUGGUGCGGCGUCACAACCACUUGAGGAUCGCUCAGUUCCAUCAGCACUUAACUGAGAAACUUGAUAUGGAAUUAUCUGCACUGCAGUUCAUGAUAAAAGAGUACCCUGGAAAUGAGGAAGAGAAGAUGCGGGCAGCUGUUGGGAGGUUUGGGCUUACCGGUAAAGCUCAAGUGAUGCCCAUGAAGAACUUGUCAGAUGGUCAGAGGAGCCGAGUUAUUUUUGCAUGGUUAGCUUGGAGACAACCGCACAUGCUGCUGUUGGAUGAGCCAACUAACCAUUUGGAUAUUGAGACAAUUGACUCCUUGGCAGAGGCUUUGAAUGAAUGGGACGGUGGCUUGGUUCUUGUUAGCCAUGAUUUUAGACUUAUAAACCAGGUGGCCCAGGAGAUAUGGGUGUGUGAAAAUCAGGCUGUGACUCGGUGGGAGGGUGACAUUAUGAAAUUUAAGGAGCACUUGAAGGCAAAGUCUGGUUUGUCUGAUUGA